CCCAUCCCCCCUCCUCCAAACCUCAAGGGUCGUCAGCGCAGAGGAAGCAUCGUCAAGGUAGAAGAGGUCGGCGGACGCACAGAGGAGCUUCUCGACCGCAAUGCCUACGUCAACAUCAAUGCCAACUGGGUCAACGCCAAGGGCGCCUGGCUAAUACACGUCGUCCUCAUCCUGCUCGGCAAGAUCGUCGUAGACACCGUACCAGGCAUGACCCAGCAGAUAAGCUGGACGCUCGUCAACACCAUCUACCUCGCCCUCUCAUACCUGAUGUUCCACUGGGUCACCGGUAUGCCAUUCGACAGCGAGCUGCACGGCGGCGCGUACGACGACCUCACCCUCUGGGAGCAAAUCGACGACGGCGCCCAGUACACCCCUGCUCGCAAGUGGCUCUUCACCGCCCCAAUAUUGCUCUUCCUCAUCUCGACGCACUACACCAGCUAUGACCCAUGGCCGUUCGCUAUCAACCUCACCGCGCUCAUCGUGCUCGCUAUCAUCCCCAAGCUGCCACAGCUGCACCGCCAACGCGUCCGCUUCCUCGCCGAAGACAUUGCCUCUGGCGCGCAGACCCCCGUGACGCCCAAC